AUGAGUUACAGGGAUUCCUUUUCACUAUACCCGAGAUAUCAUACAUACAGUACUUCUAAAGACCUGCGUGUAGGAUCUCAUCUAAGAAGUCCAACGAUGUAUGGGGGAUCCCAAUCAUCUGUCUUGAGCUCCUUAUCAACAUACAGAUCUAGUGGCUUGGAUGGGGUUUCCUACACACCCACACCUGAUUUAAAUGAAGUGUAUCCAGGAUUGUUUGUUGGAGAUGCGGUGGCUGCAAAAGACAAAGCAUUUUUAAGGCGAAUGGGUAUUAACUAUGUAUUAAAUACUGCUGAAGGCAAGCGCUACACACAAGUAGACACAGAUCAUUUGUAUUAUCGAGAUUGUCCUGGUCUGCGCUAUAAAGGCUUUCAACUUAUGGAUCUUCCAUCUACUGAUAUAUCAAAGUACUUUCAUAUUGCUGCAAAUUUUAUUGAUGAAGGAGUAUCCAGAGGGGGUCGUGUGUUGGUACAUUGCUUUAUGGGAGUGUCACGCUCAGCCACAUGUGCUCUUGCUUUCCUCAUGAUCAAGAGAGGUAUGACUUUGGCCGAAGCUUUAGCUUUGGUUCGUUCUCGUCGUGAUAUUCAUCCCAAUGAAGGGUUCAUUCGUCAAUUGAGGGACCUUGACAGGGAAUUGCGUGUAUGUAGAAUUCGCUGA